AGUGAAUCGAUCGAAUUUACUGAAAUGAGAGUGAUUGUUCUGUGGUAUAUCUCUGUCGUCGGCAGUUACGCAGUGGCUGAUGGGAGCUUUCUCCAGAUGUUCCAGUUCCCCGCCCGUAUAACUUCAUUGAAAGGUGCAAAUGUCUCCAUGAAUUGCUCUUUCACACUUUUCGAUCCCAUAGCACGGCUAGAUGUUUCCUGGAGGAGGCGAAACCGGGAGGGGACAUUAAAACCCACAGCAGCAGACAACAGGACGGUGGUGAUACCUUUAGAGCAAACAGCUACCGAGCUCCACUUGCUCAAUGUGGAUGUUCAGGACGCCGGAGUCUAUUAUUGCAGCGUGACAGACUGGCAACAGAAAGUUUCCUCUGGGAAUGGGACUGAGCUUAUUGUGCACGUGCCGCCAGCUCCUGUGAAGAUUACUCAGCAGUCCCAUUUAACACUACUCUGUACAACAGUUGGAUUCUUUCCGAAGGAGUUUAACGUCACGUGGUAUGAAAAUGAAACGGAAAUUAUGUCUGGGAUUAACACAACUAUACAACAGAACAAGGAAGGAUUAUAUCAAGUUUCCAGUUAUCUCAGCCCUGUGCAGAAUGCAUUGAUGUAUACCUGUGAGGUUUCUCAUGUUUCUCUCAAAGUCCCAGCCAUUGACAGCUAUACAGUUCUUUAUCAGGCUGACACUGGUACAUUUCCAAAAGAAUUGGUGGGUGGAUGUGCUGUUGCAGGAUUAUUACUUUUACUGCUAGUAACUGUUGUGAUACAUUGCAAAUUAGAUACAAUGAAAGGCACCGGGAUAACUCCAGUUAACUCCAGAGAUAACAGCCAGUUUGAAGAACAGAGAAUACAAGGAGGAGAGUUGGGGCUUCUAUCUUAUGCUGCACUAAACUUCAGACAGUACAAGAGAAGUAGAAAGAACAGACAAAAGGAAGACCGAACUUUGUAUGCACAGAUUAAACAAGGGACGGAUGCUAAUCUGAUUUACGUGUCUCUGGAUAUGACCGAUUUACCAAAAACAGCAACAAGGGAAGAUACAACAAACAUGAAGAUAAACAAGCCAAACAGAGGAUCCAGGAUUGCAUAACAAACUGUCCCAUUUUCUCUGGGUCAAGCCGUCUUCUUGAACAGUUAUUACAUAGAACAUAGAAAAGUACAGCACAGAACAGGCCCUUUGGCCCACGAUAUUGUUCCAAGGAUUAAUCAUAAUGUAAAAUAAAAUUACUUAACCUACGUACCCCUCAAUUCACUGCUAUCCAUGUGCAUGUCCAGCAGUUGCUUAA